AUGCCUAGGGGCCUCCAUGCCGGGACCCAACCUAUUCAUUCCCACGUGCAAGACCUUCCCAAGAUGGCGGCAGAACUGGUAAGUCUCGAGGCAGCGAAGGCCUCUCCAGAGACAUACACUCUAUAUACACUCUAUGCCCGUAGAUGGUUCCCAUCAGAGUUGCCAGGUCAGGUUGCCAUUCUGAGCAGCACUGGAGUGGAGGAGAGCAGGGGCACAAAGGCCAUGUAUCAUGUACCCUUUGUCCCUCAAGUGCUGAUGGUGGCGGGGAAUGAGAUGGUGGUGGAAAGUGGAGCUCGGGUGGAUAUCCGGUGUCAAAUCAGAGGAACGACCCAGGUACCAAAAGAUGUGGGUUGGUAUCGCAACGGGCAGGAGUUGGUCGGGAUCAUCUACACGUCGAAGGCAAGAAAAAACGAGAACUCUACAGACCCGGGGGAGACAUACUUCAGCACGUAUCUCAUCCCCAAUGCGAGGAUGGGAGACUCUGGGAAUUACACCUGCCGCCCUCAGGAUCUUCCUGAAGCUUCCAUACAACUUCAUGUCACCAGGGGAGACAUUGUUGUGCUGAAUUCAUGUGAUGAGCUGAGAUUGAAACGGGAAAACGCCGGCGGCCAUGCAACACAAAGAGAACGGUGCUAUCCCAACUGCCCAUUCUUGGAGGACAUCCCUUAUUCAAGCAAGCAUAUUCUCGUGGACAUGGCUAAGAUUUUGGAGGACCUUCCACGUUGAUGUGACGUGAUGGGAAGAUUAUUUCCCAUCAUGAUGAUCAUUGUGAUUACGGUUUCCCUUGCUACAGGGAUUCCACAGAAUACUGAGACAUUUAAGGCACCGCGGUUGCCGUCGUUGAUGGAUUUUAUCUGACUAUGAGACCAAAAAUUCCUG